UGACCAUGUGAUUCCGUAGACGAACUAUCUUUUUCGUACAGCCUUUUGAUUGCCUUUUUAUAAUUAAACAAUUGUCAUAUUGAUUAAUCCGAGGAAAUGAAAAAGGUGUACAAUACCGUGUACUUCAAGUAGCCGACAAUUAUAUCCAAUGAACGUUUUUAUUGCAUACCUGUUGUAUAAUACGACCGGAGGCGUUUUCCCGUAAUUUAGUGUUUUCUUGUCUGUGGGGUGUAUCGAACACACCGAAAGCAGCCGGGAUCACCACACCUGUGUUUAGGUAGCACGUUACUUUCACUUUGGAAAUGGAACUAAGGAAGCGUGAUGCGUUUAGAGGGAAAGAUGAAGCAACAUUAAAAGACAUGCUUGAUAGUUGUGUCAACUUUGAAGAAAGGAAGAAGAUCAGAGAUGCAUUACGUGAAGUACAGGGGCUCAACAGAGGAGCUUGUGGAGGUAUCAAACCACUGUCGUUCCGUCCACGAAAUUUAAAGUUAGAACCUUCCAUAUCGACCAAAAAAUAUAAAGAAAAUUCAGAAAAGUCAUUUCAUCUGCCAUUGAAGGAGGAUGAGAACAAAGCUGACUCUUUUCAUUGUCAAAUUGUAGAACAAUCAGAGGAGAUUAAUUCUAAUGAGAAUGUAACAAAAGGAUGUUCUUUACUAUUGCAAGAUGACGAUAAAAUAUCUAUUAAUCUGAAACUGCAAGGAGAAAAAUACCCUGAAACAAUAAAAUCUACAAGUUCACUACCAGAAGACAAAGUCAGGUCUGUUUUAGCCUCAGAGCCUUCUGAAACAAAAGAUAUUGAUAUACCAGAGUUUUCUCAUGAUGAAAUUCUAAAGUCUUCGUCUCCUCAGGAUAAGAGCAAUUACUUGAUAUUUCCUGAAAAGAGUAAAAGCAACGUUAGGAAUACAGCAGACAUUAGUUCUGUGAAAACUUUAGUUGUGGAUAAUUUGAAAGAGGAACCUUUAAUUGAUAGAAUCAGUUCCGUGAAAACUUUAGUUGUAAGUAAUUUGAAAGAGGAACCUAUAAUUGAAGAAAACAGUUCUGUGAAAACUUUAGUUUUAAGUAAUUCGAAAGAGGAACAGUUAAUUGAUAAAAUCCGUUCUGUGAAAACUUUAGUUUUAAGUAAUUCAAAUGAGGAACCUUUAAUUGAUAAAAACUGUUCUGAGAAAACUUUAGUUUUAAGUAAUUCAAAUGAGGAACAGUUAAUUGAUAAAAUCCGUUCUGUGAAAACUUUAGUUUUAAGUAAUUCGAAUGAGGAACAUUUAGUUGAUAAAAAAAGUUCUGUGAAAACUUUAGUUGUAAGUAAUUUGAAUGAGGAACCUUUAAGUGAUAGAAAACAAGUAUGUAGAUUUUUAAGUCGAGGGAAAAUCACAUCAAACAUACCAAAAAAUGCAAUAAAAUCAGAAAAGGAAACUGCCACUCACCAAGCAAACAUGGAAGGUCCUGUGAAAAGUUAUAAAAGUCAGUUGAAAAUUGGAAGUAUAGGAAAUUCUAAAGCUGCCAAUUUACCAUGCCAGUCACAUGUGUUCACUAACGAUAAUUCUGAAAAUAUAGAUCAGUCUCGGAAAAACAUGACCUCAGGAGGUCAUGAUGUAAGAAGAAGUAAUUCCCUCAAAGUUCUUAAAAAGAACCAGCUUAAUCAAGAAAAUAUGCCAAAUGAAGGUGGAACUGUUAUAACAGAGGAAAUCAGACGUAAAUCUUUGGAACAAAGUUUGAUAAAUAAUGGCAACAUUUUAUCAAAUAAUAAAGAAAGUGGGGCUAUAGUUACUGAAGAAAUGAGACGUAAAUCUUUGGAACAAAGUUCAUUUAGGAAUGGUGAUAUUUUAUCAAAGAGUAAAGAAAAUGGGGCUAUAGUUACUGAAGAAAUGAGACGUAAAUCUUUGGAACAAGGUUCAUUUAGGAAUGGUGAUAUUUUAUCAAAGAGUAAAGAAAGUGGGGCUAUAAUUACUGAAGAAAUGAGACGUAAAUCUUUGGAACAAAGUUCAUUAAGUAAUGCCGAUAUUUCAUUGAAGAGUAAAGAGAGUGGGGCUAUAAUUACUGACGAAAUAAGACGUAAAUCUUUGGAACAAAGUUCGUUAAGUAAUUAUGAUAUUUUAUCAAAGAGUAAAGAAAGUGGCACUAUAAUUACUGAAGAUAUGAGACGUAGAUCUAUGGAUCAGUGUUCCCUAGAAACAGAAAAUGACAAUAACUCCCAUGGUACUAAUGAAAUAAACGGUAACUUCAUCAGUCAAAAUUCUCAAAAGACGGAUGAAACUGAUAAAAGUGAGUGUAAUGAAAACGAGAAAGAUAUUUCUGUUAAACAGAAUGGACAUGAAUCUUUCUUUAAAACCGAUAAUGAAGAACUUAAAAGUGAGAAAAUUCAUCAGGACUUGAUGACUACAAAGAAUACUACUGACGAAAAACAACAGGAUAGCAACUGUUCCAUUAGAAUUGAAACAUCGCCAUGUAGUUCAUUGAAAGAGGACAAAAGUUCAUUGACAGAGGACAAAAGUUCAUUGAUAGAGGACAAAAGUUCAUCAUCAUCAAAUGCAAUAGACAUAGAUGAUGCUGCUGAUGGUUGUAGUGACUGUCAGAAAAACCAGGAGGCUAACCAUGAAGGUCAAGUACAAUGUCAGACUGAGGAGGAAUUCACACAACAAAUACAGGCCCUUCAGAUACAGCUGAAGGAAUGCCAGGAUUUUACAAAAAGAAGAAAGAUCAGAGGCAGAAUAAGGAAGCUGAGAGAACAGUUUGAAGGUUCAGACGUUGGAAAAACAAUGGGAAUCUUAAGAGCAUUCGAGCUACGAAGAAAACCAGUGGUUCAUCAAUUUGUUGAUAGCUGUUUGAGAAUAAAUGGUGUCAAAAGGGACCUAACUCAAGAUUCUACAGCUCAACAAGAUUACAGCCAAGUUGACAGUAAAGACGAAUUAAGAAAAUUGCUUACACAGACCAAUGAUUAUGAAGAGAAAAAGCAGAUACGAUUAGCGUUACGACAGCUGCGACAGAGAGAUAGAGAAAGAGAAGGUGGAAAUAGUCGUGGACCUACAACAAGUCUGACUAGGAGUCAGAGUGUGAAGGAUUUUGACGGGUGUGAUCAUCGGGCUAAUAACACAAAUCAUCCUCGUAUUGGAAGAUGUACUAGUGUUAUAGAUAGACCUAAGGAAUCAGGAAGUCAAAUAGAACAACGAGUGCCAUUACCAAAUGGAUAUUGUAAUGGAAUUCAAAAUGGCAGGAGUGAAAAAAGUGUUCAUGUAAUUCAUGAUUCAGGACAGUUAGGAAGUUUGAACAGUAGUGGUGAAAAUCAUAUAUCAAAACAUUCUGAUGAUAUAGAUGAUAAUUCACCACCUUCCUCACCUCUUAGACGCUCUUUUUCACUGAACUCACUGCGGAGAAAGAGAAGUGAGAAAGAUAUUUCAGUCACAUCACCGAACAGUUCAAAUCUUUAUAGUGUUCAUUCAGAUUCACCAGUCAAUUCUUCAUCUUCGUCAGAAUUUUCUGAACAUUCCAAACAUACUUCUAAGCAUUCCAAAGAUAUUUCAGACCAUUCUGAAAUAAAAAACAACUCAGUCAGUUUUUCAGAAAAUCUCAAAGAUAAUCAUGUUUUAAAUGAUAAAGAUAAUUUUAAAAAUUCUGAUGCUGUAAGACGGAAAAGUGUUCCUGCAAGUGCCAAACAUUUCAAAGAUUCAGAUAAAUCUGGGUCGGAGUCUGAUAGUAGUUCAUGCCGUGAUUGGCUAGAAAAGAAAAGAAGAAAUAGUUUAACUGUUAUUGAUACAAAAAAAUUAAAUUCAACCAUGGAUAUUGAAGCAGCAUUCUCGGAAAUUUUAAAUGCUGUGGACACUGAGGAGGAAAACAAUAAUGAGGAUUCUCCUGAACUGGAGAUCAUGGAAGUUGAUGGAUUAGAAAAAAUAAAUAUCAUAACUCCAAGAAUAACAAAUGAUAAGAAAUCAACAUCUGCAGUCGAUAUCAACUUUAAUUAUAGUGAGGCAAAAACAGUUUUGAAACCCAACAAUGAUGAAUAUGAUCAGGAGAAAGAAAAAGAGGAAGCAAUCAUAGAAGAACAAGUCACCCCAGUUAUACAAUCCCCAAUAUCAACAGAACUCCAGAUUACUCCAGUGAAGAAAGACCGCCCUGUGUUCACAUUAGCACCAGUUACACCACUCAACGAUUCAUUGUCUGUAAUAGAGGAUGAUGAUGGGUCCAUCACGGUACAGAGUGUCUCAUACAAAGACCAGGGAGACUGUGUUGUUACAGAGAAAACCACGCUACGGAGGUCACAAAGUAGGACAGAGGAAGAAGAAAAGGAUACAGUUAUUGAAUCAAAGGUUACUUCCCCUGGUGGUAGCGACCAUUUUGAAAAAGAUGUCAUCAAAACAAAGAGAAAGCUGACAUCUCGUGGUUCUGACUACUUCUCAAGAAGUCAGUAUAAAUCUAAAUGGUUGAGAAAUAAAGAAGGUGAAACAAUAGAGGAACAUGAUGUUACAGUUGAAUCAGACAACUUUUCUGUCACCAAAGGUCAGUCCUGGGGUGAUAGGUCAGAAGCCACAGUACAGCUGAAUAAACCAACCAUAACAAGUGUAUCAAGGGAGAUACAGGAACCAACCAAUCAUGAUUCAGGAGACAAUAGACUACUGGUUCCCGGCAGAAUGGAUGUAUCCAAGGCUAGUAGUGGAUAUGGUAGUGUGUCAGGGUCAGAUGAAGAAGAGAAGGAAGAGGCUGUUGCCACGGCAUUGCAAGGACAGCCAUCAGGUUCACCAGAAAUAAAAGCAACUUUGAAAGACCUAGUGACACUAGAGGGCAGUAAUGCAGUCCUGGAAACAAUCGUCACAUGUUCCCCUUCACCCGACAUCACAUGGUACAAAGGAGAUAAAUCUGUUAUGAACAAUCGUCAUUAUGAAGCCAAGUAUGACAAUAUUUCUGGGCGAGCUUCAUUGACAGUGUUGGGUGCUAAGAAGGAAGAUACUGGACCUUAUAAAUGUACAUUGAGAAACCCACUGGGUGAAGCGGAGACAAAGGCAGCUCUUACAGUUAGAAGUAGAGCAAAGAAAAAGCCUCAAUUUACGAAACCUUUAAAGAAUAUGGUAGCUACUGAAGGACAUUCAGUGUGUUUAGAAUGUUCUGUUAAUGAUGCUACACAAAUUGCAUGGUAUAAAGAUGGAAUUAUUCAGAGAAACACUUCAGACUUCAAACAGACUUUCGAUGGAUUAAUCGCAAAAUUAGAUAUCGAGGAGAUAUUUGUUGACGAUCAUGGUGAAUACUCGUGUGUUGCUAAGAACGAUUUCGGUGAAAAUAGAACAUCCUGUAAAAUAAUCGUGAAAGAAACUGCUUGUGAAACUGAUGUUGUUCCUAUGUUCCUUACUAAACCUGAGAGUAAAAUACAUGAAUGCAGUGAUACUGUUACCCUUCAGUGUGAUGUUAUAGGAUCACCUCAGCCAACCAUCCGAUGGACCAGGGAUCAGCAGACUGUUGACAUUGACAACUGCCACAAGCAGACAUUUGAUGGAAGAACUGCUGUACUGCUUAUCACCAAGUCAACCAUUGAGGAUUCUGGGAAAUAUGAAUGUAUUGCUGAAAAUACCUCAGGAAAAGUUUCUGUUGAUGCUCUUAUUGUUGUUAAAGCAAAACAGGCCACUCCAGAAAUUUUGAGUCCCUUAACAGACGAAACUGCUGUUUGUGGAAAAUCUCUUACUUUGAAAUGUGACAUGAAUGGUAAUCCUUCACCCAUGAUUGUGUGGAGGAAGGACAACCGUAUUAUAGGGAACACUAAAGAUUUCCGCCAAACUUACCAGGAUGUGACAGCAAAGUUACAAAUUAGUGACAUACACAAGGAGGACGCAGGGUGUUACGAAUGUGUUGCUCGUAAUGUUCAUGGUGCUAUUACUACUAAAUGUUCUGUAGUAGUCAAGGGAAGUAACUCAGGGUCUGUUGGUGCUGAAGAUAAAAGUAAAACACAGUUUGAUUGGUUGGUUGGAAGGGACAAAAACACUCCAGUUAUUGGAGAUAAACAAAAAGAACCAUCAAUCAAGAGAAGUGAAAGUAUGAAAAUUUCAUCGAAUUAUUCUUUAAGGGACAAAUAUCGUAAAGCUACUCAGCCAGAUGAUGCAAUUAAAGAAACAACACAUGAAACUCCAAAUAAAGUUACAGUUUCUAUGGAAACUAUUGUGCAGAAAAAUGACAAUGACAAUAAAGUUGAUAUCAACAUGAAUAAAACAAAAUUUGAAGAUCCUUUAAAACAAAAAGCAGCAAUUGCUCGUUCAAAAGGGCCAGAGGACCCACCAUGGAAAAACGUGACCCUAAGAAGAACUGAGAGUGCAAGAGCCCCUGUUGGCCGAAGAGAAUCUCCCUUUCUUCGUAAAAGAAAAGAAGAAUUGGCUGGUAAGUUGGAAGUUGGAUCGUCUCCUCAGAACAAUGAUGAUCCUUCAAAACUGGCUACAAAACCCCCUGGGUGGAGACCAGUCAUUGGUGACAAAAAGGAUUCAGAUACACCGAAAGAGACUGAAGUUUUGUCAUCAUUAAGACAGGUCAAUCUUCGAAGGUGUGAUAGUGCUAGAAGUUUGAGGGAUGAAAUUAAACAAACAGGCAGCAAUAUUAGUGCUAAUGCGCAACAUGAUGGUGGCAGCAGAACAGAAAAUUUUAGUGCUGACAAGAAAACUGAUAAUGAAACUCCAAAACUAGGUCAAACAAGUAGUACACGAUUGUUGUUCGAAAGAAAAUUAGAAUCAGAUCAACCUAAAGACACACAAUUAACAAAUUUCCUCAAUCGACCUGGUAGUGGACUUCGACGGACAUCAAGUCUUAAAAUAACACAAGCCGAGAGAGAUGCAGGAACACGACCAGUAGUACAUUCCAGAAUGAAUGGUGGACUUGACCUUGAACAAUCAAAGGGUGAAAAAUCCACCUCAAACAGAUUUUCAAAUAAAGAAGGAGACCAAAAAACAAGGACCAUGCCUACCUAUGACAACAUAGACGAUGAGGAUGAACUCCACAAAAUACUCAGUAAAACAGAUGAUUUUGAUGAGAGAAAAAAGAUACGAAACAGGAUGAGAGAAAUACGAGAGAAAAAAUCAAAGGAAAUGGAGGUCAAGAGGUUACAACGAGAAAAAGAAACAGAGGAUAUAUUUAAAAGGAAGUUUGCUGCUGCCGAGGCAGAUCAGAAACGGCAGGUAGCAGCAUUUGAGAAAGCAGCAAAGGAAACAAAAGAAGAAAGAGAAAAAAUUAUGAAUAUUAAAGAUGAUAUAAUAAAAGAACAUUUAAAAGAGUCUGAAGAAGCUAAAAAACGACAGCUGGCAGCAUUUGAUAGAAUUGCUAAUAAAGGAUCAGCUGGCACUGUAUCAUCACAAGCAGGAUUUGGUGGGCAAUCCUUCACGAAAACACCAGAGCAAGCAGCCAAAUUUUUGAGCGACAAGCUAAUAAAUACUGGCACUCCAGUCAUUGGAGGUAAAAUAACUGUACGAACGGAAACCUGGAACAGUCAAGAUGGUGUUACAAAUAAAUCAGAGAAAACCGAGAGUUGGGGAGCUCAACCAGCUGGUGCUCAGGGGGCCAUGAACAAGUUUAAGUCAAUGGAACCAGCUGGAGCUGGUGGUGCUAAACCAAAUUUUAUGGCCGGUGGUAGAGGAGGAGGCAGAGGUGGGGGGACAGCAGUUAGACGUAGUCCAAGUGCAAUAAAAGAAAUGCUCCUGAAUUGGACUAAAGCCAUGACGGCUGGUUAUGAGAAUGUGGAGGUCACAAAUUUCUCCUCGUCAUGGAACAACGGCAUGGCUUUCUGUGCGCUGAUCCACCAUUUUUACCCAGAAUCCUUUGAGUUCGCUAGACUGGACCCCAAAAAGAGACGAGCAAACUUUACAUUAGCAUUUAAUAUAGCAGAAAAAUAUGCAGACAUUGCUCCAUUAUUAGAUGUUGAUGAUAUGGUUAAAAUGCAGAAACCAGAUUGGAAAUGUGUUUUUACAUAUGUACAGAGCUUCUACCGAAAACUCAACGAUCAUCCUAGAAACGGCACAGGAAACAAAGAGCAAUAAAUAAACUGCAAUUUUGAUUCAGGAAUUCAACCCUGUCAUGAUUACUCUAUGGAUGGCAAAAUGUGGACACAGUUAAAUGCUCAACAUCUUUGAUUGUUUAUGAGAAUAUAACAUUUUGCAAUCUCUAUGUUUUUCUGUUUUCAUGAAAGGGUUCAUUCAUUCUCUGUGUUACAUUGAUAUUUAGAAGGCAAUAAUUUUUAUUCAAAAGACUGAUAUUAUUGUAGGAAGAAGUCCGAGGUUUCCCAUUCGGAACAAUUUUUAUUUAUCAGAUUAUAGUCUGUGAUUUAAUAUGUACUUUUUGUUAAAGAUUUAUAUGAUUAUUUUUCUGUUUUAAGUGAACAUAUAUAAAAUACAUAUCCCUUGGGAAAAGUCGAAUGGGAACCAACAAAUUUUUUAUGUAGAUUUUCACAUGAUUAUGAUCAUGCAAGUGGGACAGGGGUCAAAAUCAUUUAGUUCAUGCCGAAAUCUUUUAAGUUGGCAGGUAUUGAUAUCAGAUAAUGGAACCAAACUCAAUUGGUUCAGUAUUUUUAUGAAAAUUAUGUUAUUUCUUAGUAUUUUUUAGAACUAAAAAAUAUACAGAAUUACUGCCAUGUUUUAAUCACUUUCAUUACUUGUCUGUAAUUACCUUGAAUAUUUCUAGACAAGACAUAUUUGUGGUAGUUUUUAUGAGAUAAACAAUAACCAAAAUUUACAGAAUUGUUUUGAAAGCAGUUCUCAUUAUUAAUACCUUUUUAACUGAGAAGGAAGGUUAAGAUUGUAAAGGCCAUUUCUUUUGGCUCAGUGUUUUAUUUUUAUCUCAAUUAUGUGCCAAAUCUAUGCUCAUAUACAGGUUGUAUAAUUGAAAUAGACAAAAAUGCAGAAUUUGUAAACAUUGACACCCAAGCAUGUAGUUGAAUUUAGAUGACCGCACUGGAUUCUAUGCAUUUUGCACAAUGUAGAAAAAGUGGAAUUUUCUUGUGGGUUCAAAUAUAUAACGGUUUUAUCCGUUUUUAUGGACUUUCACUUUUUGAAUUUGCCUUGGAGUUCAGUAUUUUUGUUAUAAUUUUUUUUAUAACAACAGUAACAUAUAUACUAUUUGCUUUGCAUGCUUUGGUAUAAGAAAGGAGGAAAAAAGAUAUGGUUAUUUGUGUAAAUAUAUACUAUUUACUUUAUUAUUUAAGAAAAAGAACAUAAAUAUGGUGCAUACAAAUUUGUGUAUGUGAAAUGACAGAUUGAUGUAAUGUAAUAUAUGAUUUGUUCAGUAAUUAUGAUCUCUAUACUUACUAUGCAGAUUGGGUUGUUUCAAUAUAUUGUAUGAUUAUGGUUUAAUAUUAUCCACUAGUCAAUGCAUUUUAAAGAUAAUUUUAGGGAAAUAGUAUUAAUCAAGUUAGAUAUUAUUAAAAAAAAUAAACCAAUUUGUAUAUAAGCAGGCUCCUUCAAAAGCAAAUUAUUUUCAAGAUUUUUAAAGAAUAUUCUGUGUAAUAAUAGUUUUCACUAUAGAAAAUUAUCACCAUAUAAAGAUAUUACAGUUAAUAUGUAUCGGAAGCAAACUUUUACUUAGUACAUAUUAAUCUAUAGAUUUCUUGGUGGAUGUGUCCAAAAUAUAUUUUUUUCAAAAUCAUUCAUGCAGACUGUUUUCUGGGAUUGAUCUUACAAAUCUGCACAUACCCAUGCAUAUCAAGCUAUGCAAUAUAUCAUUAAGAUAUAUAUCUCUCUAUUUUGCAAUAUAUAUUUAUAGUGUAGAACCUCAGGGUCUUUUGCAAUAUUUUUAUUUUUCGUCGUUUUAUUAUACUUUUAAUUCUAGUUUUAUUCUGCUAGCAUUUUUGUCCAAAAAAAGAUUUCUAUAGGACUUAUCUUUCAGAUUUAAAACGCCUUUGGGUCAGUUUUUUAUAUACAUUUAAAAUGCAGCUCUCACCUUCUCUGUUGUUCUCUCCAGGCACUGCUGCUUUGUCCACCAAUAAAAACUGGCCACCAUAUUAUAGCCAAGAGUGCUGAAAGUUGCAUUAAACAUCAACAAUCAAUCAAUCAAUCAAACCAAAUUGUUCUGUACUGAUUUCGUAGUGAACAAAUGUAUAAACUUUACUGCCAACAGCACUUCAUUAGGUGAAGAUGCCAUCUGUUUUUUGUUUAAACUUGAUUUGCUUCCACAAAAACAACAAUAUUUUCAUGAUGAAAAUUGAAAAUUUAAAGGUCAAAACGACAUAAGAUUAUUGAGAAACUGCAUAGGUUUAUCGAGAAACGACAUAGGAUUUUCAAGAAACCGCAUAGGAUUGAUUAUCCAGAAAUAUUUAUGUGAUUAUGAAAUCCAAAUAUUUAUUUGCAAUUAUUAUUGUGACAUUUUUCUGUGUAUAAAGCAAUGUACUUAAAGAGUUGUAUAUUUAAAGCAUAUAUAUAUAUUCGUGUAGAUUUGUUUAUAUAGGUCAGGUGACCAUAAACUCACCAAGUAUAGUUUUCUGUCUUUCAUAUAUCAUAAUGGUUAACCUGAUAUAGAUUCCAAGGAAUGUUUUAUUAAGCUUAUCCUAUCUUGUGUCUCUCUGUAUUUUUACAUAUCUAUUUAUAAAAUAAGUUCAUGUAAAAUCUACCAUCUUAUUUCAAUAUUGUAGAAUUUUACAGAUUUGUUAAAGGUUGGUAGAUUCUUUUAUAUUUUUAGAAAAAUAUUUUAAGAAUGUAUUUUACUGGGAAAAAAAGCUAUGCAAUAUUUAUAUUUCUGUGACUGGUACUUGGUCCAACCUUGUUGUUUGUGAGCUAGCAACGCAGUUUGAAUGAGAAACUUAAAGUAAUAGUUGGUAACUGUAAAAGAUUCCACAUUAUCAGCUAUAGUUGGUAUCUGUAAUAGACUAUUACAAAGACAAGCUCUGAUAUAAGCACAAUUGGAAUGUAUAUAAUACUGUAUAGCGGUUUAUUUUUGUGGAGUAUAAAUUUCUCAAUUUCUACGGCCAAAUCAGUUUGCAAGGUUUUAUUUUCGAUUUUUUUCCUCCUGAUUUUGAUCUUAUUUGAAGAUCAAAUAUACAGGAGGGAACAAUUUAAAGAUUUAAUAUAAAUCGUGAUAUUAGUGAAAAUAAAGGUGCUAUGAACCUCUUGUUUAAUACUGGUAGAAAAUAUAGAACAUGUCAGAUUUUCCAAAAACCUUCAAAAUUUUCCUGAAAGUUAACUCCAUUGAAUUUUCUGGAACUUUGCAAAACAACUGGAAUGAGUUAUCUCCCUUGUAAUCUCCAGGAACUUUACAAAACAGCUGGAAUAAGGUAUCUCCUUUGGAGUCUCCUGGAACUUUGCAAAAACAGCAAGUUUGGACCAUAACUUUUAUUUUUAAAUCUUAACACAUGUAUGUAUACACACCUAGUUCAUUAGACUAUUUUUAUAUUGUACAUGUAUCUCUGCUUUUAAAAAAGCAAAUAAGACCUCAGUGUUUAUCUACUCUAACCACACAUAGCUUGCCAUAUUUUAACAUUACAUUUUGUUUAUAUUUUCUGCAUUUAUUUGUUAUGUGUACUCUGUUGUAGGUUGAUUAUUUUGCUUUAAUAUUAUUUUUUAAGAUUUUUUUGAAUGAACAUAAAUAUUGAAGAAAUUGAUAAUAAACAAGUGAUAAAAAUA